AUGUCGUUUAAUGAUAACCUGGCCACCAACAGCAUUCGCUGUCUCGCCGCUGACGGCGUCCAGCAGGCAAAAAGUGGGCACCCGGGUGCGCCUAUGGGAAUGGCACCUAUCGCAUAUGUUCUGUGGUCUGAAGUAAUGAAGUUUGACAGCAAAGACCCGGAGUGGAUCGACCGUGACCGCUUUGUCCUUUCUAACGGGCAUGCGUCCAUGCUUCAGUAUGUCAUGCUGCACUUGAGCGGUUAUGAUCUUUCCAUGGAUGAUCUCAAAAAGUUCCGUCAGUUGAACUCUCGCACGCCUGGUCAUCCCGAACGCGGUGUGACGCCUGGAGUUGAGGUUACCACCGGUCCACUUGGACAGGGCAUUGCUCAAGGCGUUGGACUUGCCAUUGCAGAGGCCCAACUGGCGGCAACGUACAACCGUCCAGGCUACAACAUCAUAGAUCACUGGACGUAUGUGUUCUGUGGUGACGGUUGCCUCAUGGAGGGCAUCGGGCAAGAGGCUCUUUCUCUUGCGGGUCACCUCGGUCUUGAAAAACUGGUCGUUGUGUAUGACUCGAACCGUAUCAGCAUCGAUGGAAGCACUGAUAUUGCCUUCACCGAAGAUGCAGCCAAAAAGUACGAGGCACUCGGCUUCCACGUUAUUCCGGUGAGUAAUGGGGAUUCAGACUUCACUGCACUGCGCGCGGCAUUUGCUGAAUGCAAGCAAAUCAAAGGACGCCCUAAGUUGGUGAUAGUUAACACAACCAUCGGGUACGGUUGCCGGUUGGCGGGGUCUGAGAAGGCACAUGGUGCACCUCUUGGUGAUGACGAAGUGGCACGUGUGAAAGAACAGUUUGGUCUUGAUCCCACCAAGAAAUUCCAUGUGCAACCGGAGGUUUACGGGAUAUUCGGUAAGAACGCUGAGAGGGGUGCCUCCCGUCAUGAAGAGUGGCGUGUGCGAAUGAGGAAAUACACCGAGGAAUUUCCACAGGAGGCGGAUGCUCUGCAGAACCAACUUGAUUUCAAACUGCCCCCCGACUGGAAGUCGAAAUUGCCACUCAAUGACAAGUCCAUUGCCACGCGGAAGGCUAGUGAGAAUGCCCUUGGAGCCCUUUUAACUCUGACCCCAGCUUUGGUAGGUGGUUCCGCAGACCUAUCUCCCAGCAACCUCACACGCCCGGGUUCAGCCCAGAUGGUUGACUUCCAAAAGGACACUCCGCAUGGGCGCUACAUCCGGUACGGUGUACGUGAGCAUGCGAUGUGCGCUGUCAUGAACGGCAUGCACGCUCACGGAGGCUUUGUUCCAUAUGGCGGCACCUUUCUGAAUUUCAUUGGCUAUGCCCUGGGUGCUGUGCGCCUUGCCUCACUGGCUCACCAUCAUGUUGUGUACGUGGCUACUCAUGAUAGUAUUGGUGUCGGGGAGGACGGCCCGACUCAUCAACCGGUGGAACUGUUGGCACUGUUGCGUGCCACACCCAACUUAUUGGUAUUCCGCCCAAGUGACCAGACGGAGACAAGUGCAGCGUGGGCCCUGGCUCUGGAGAACACAAGGGGCCCGUCCAUUCUCUGCUUGAGCAGGCAAAAUACCGUGCCGCAGCCGACCUCUAAGCUGGAGGGUGUGGCGAAGGGAGCUUACAUCCUGAUCCCGGCAGAGAAGCCGCAGCUCAUCAUUGUUUCAAGCGGUUCGGAGGUUUCAAUUGCAGUUGAUGCCGCGAAGGCCCUCAGUUCGGAAGUGCGCACCACCGUUGUGUCGAUGCCUUGCCAGGAGUUAUUUGAGCUGCAGCCAGUUGGAUAUCAGCAAAAAGUAUUCCCUGAAGGCGUGCCUGUUAUCUCCAUUGAGCCGUUUGUUAGCACGGGUUGGGAAAGAUAUUCGCACUACCACAUUGGUAUGGAGGGCUUCGGUGCCUCUGCGCCAGCCGAUCAACUGUACGAGUACUUCAACAUCACCGUUAAUCAUGCCGUUGAGGUUGGCCGAAAGCUCGCCAAGAAGUACGUAGGGGGUACAGCGCCAGCGAAGCGGUCCCAUUUGUGA